AUGAUCGACCUUCAGAGCUACGAGUUUUGGACGAAUUCGGUAUACAUCAAGGGCGUUGAGAAGGGCCAUCAUUACGGAUAUAGGGCGGUUACGCACCCACUCCAUUGCCUCGGUUCAGACAUUGACUCACACAUAGAUACAAGCAAGGCGUUGAGUGACGACCCGUUCCUCUCGGAGGACAGCGGGCUCACCGACGGUGACGACCUUUCCGUCAGCUAUGGCGGGAUUUCGUUGGAGGACAUCAAUCAUUUGCAAGAAGAUGCCGCUGUUGUGGGGUCGGUCAUCGUACGCAAAGUGUUUGCCAGUAUCGCGCGACCCAUGAUCGUGGAAUUGCGUAUUCCGAUGGAAAACGCAGACCUUGACUCUGAUGACCACCACACAAUUCUUCGACCAGGGUUGCUUGUCAAGGAAGGCGAUAACUUGAUGCAAGAUCUCGGGGUGGAGAUCAUGUUCCAAUGCUUCAACCAUGUGUGGGCACAUUCCACAGUGUACGCGGACAAGGAGAGUGAAGUUCCUUUCAGUGUGCAUUACGAGGUGUUCCCGACUUCACCUUCGCAAGGGUUUAUGGAAGCUGUAACUGGACUGCAGAGCUUGAAGAGCUACAACUGGCAGCAAUGGAGAGACGAGCAUGGGAGUAGUAAGGCUCGAGUCAACGAGAUGCUGCGGUCAACCGUGGGGGCUUACGUGGGAACUUACGUUUGCGGUGGGCGAGACCGUCACUUUGAUAACGUGUUGAUCAAGGACGACAAGCAUUUGUUACACAUCGACUUUGGGUUCCUGAUGGGCACAAGCCCGCCAAUUGACGGUCCGCACAUCGCGAUCGCGCCUCAAAUGGAGGCAGUAUUUCGCGAUCUAAAGGUAUGGGACAAGUUUGUGCGGAUGUGUGUAGACGCGUUCAUCGCCCUGCGACGCGUGGCGCCAGCGAUCAUCCGGACGUCUGUGAUCAUGUUUUCCAAAGCCGGAUACGAGGAGGAGCAGAUCCGGUUGUACCUGCGGGGGCGGUUCAGCCUCAACGUGCACGAGCGCGAGGAUAAGGCGGCCGAGACGCUGAGACGACAAAUCGUCAACUCGUCCGGCGACAUCAAGACACGGUUCAAGGCGUUCGCGCAUGAGCACAUCGACCCCGCGUGGUACGGGCUGCUAGAGAAGGGCUUCCCCCCCGCUGUCGCCAUUAUGAGGAUAGUCGACGCCAAGGAGCAGAAGGCCGCCAAGAAACUGUCGCAGCAGACGACGGUCGAGGUCAGGGAGGACGAGAAGAUUCACCUGCGGUGAGCGAAGGGGUCUAUUGGGCUGUGCGCGCAGCGGGAGGAAUUGGGUUUUUUCCUCUCAGCGCUUUUCCGGUGCAGAGAGGCAGCACUGUACAAUACUGUACGUAAUGAGUUAAAUUUUAAGUCGCCACCGCUCACCUGCCGCGUGGCACCCGCCACAGAUGCUAUCUCCAUCGCACUGCUGGGAAAGUGUACGAAAUACCUCGGCUAGUGUCUAUUACUGUAGACCUUUGUCCUCAUAUGAGGACAUUAUUCGACCUAUUUUAUUCUUGACUUGGGCUUCCUCGACAAGAAAGGAAAUGAUACCCCCGCCACUGUACUUGACUUCUGACUUGGGGACAGAAAAAACUUUGUGAGAAUUGCAUGUUCUUCCUGGUCGUUUUUAGAUGUGUCUGGAAAAGAAGCUUUGUUAAACCACCUUAAAAUCGCAUGUAAAAUUACUUCGAAUCCACA